AUGACUUUAGACAGGAACGUUAACGGCGUUAUGGAGGCAUCAGAAAAGGACCCACAUGAUAAUCAAAGUAGGGUGUCAGAGAGUCUGAGCAUGGACGGGACAAGUGACCUUCCCGAGAGCAGUGAGGUGAUGGCAUUUCGUUUGGAAUUUGUCCUUUUGGUUCUUCUUCUCUCUUUAGUUGUUGAUUCUGCGCAUUCUGAUGACGGAGCUACAUUAUUGGAGAUAAAGAAGUCAUUCAGGGACGUGGAUAAUGUUUUAUAUGACUGGACAGAAUCUCCAGCGUCAGAUUAUUGCGUUUGGAGAGGGGUCAUUUGCGAUAAUAUCACCUUCAAUGUCAUUGCACUGUUAGUUUGUUUUCUUGUCCCCAUGAAAGCUAUUGUCAUUCUUAGUAGUGGUUUGAAUCUUGAUGGGGAGAUUUCACCUGCAAUUGGAAAUCUCAAGGACCUGACGUCCAUUGAUCUCAGAGGAAAUCGUCUCUCUGGCCAGAUACCUGAUGAGAUUGGUGACUGCUCUUCUCUACGGAACUUGGACCUAUCGUUUAAUGACAUUUAUGGAGAUAUACCAUUUUCAAUUUCCAAGUUGAAGCAACUUGAAGUACUAGUCUUGAAAAAUAAUCAAUUGAUUGGACCAAUUCCAUCUACUCUGUCACAGAUUCCAAACUUAAAAAUUUUAGACCUGGCACAGAAUAGACUCAGUGGGGAAAUACCAAGACUUCUUUACUGGAAUGAAGUUUUGCAGUAUCUGGACUUGUCAUACAACCAGCUAACAGGAGAGAUUCCAUUCAACAUUGGAUUUUUGCAAAUAGCUACAUUGUAUGUGGUUGCAACGUACUUGUAUUUGGUUAACGGCUUGAUUUUUGAUGGCAUGAUUUCCAGUUUAUUAACUGUUCUUGCAACUGGUUGUGAUGCUAGAUCAUUGCAAGGUAAUCGAUUGACGGGGAAGAUUCCAUCAGUGAUUGGUCUGAUGCAGGCACUUGCUGUAUUGGAAUUGAACGAUAAUCAACUCACAGGGCACAUCCCACCAGAGCUUGGAAAGCUCACUGAUUUAUUUGAUCUAAAUGUUGCCAACAACCAGCUUGAAGGGCCUAUUCCUGAUAAUCUUAGCUCAUGCACAAAUCUCAACAGCCUCAAUGUGCAUGGAAACAAGCUGAAUGGAACGAUUCCACGUGCGUUGCAAAGGCUUGAGAGUAUGACAUACCUGAAUCUCUCUAGCAACAAUAUUAAAGGUCCUAUUCCAAUUGAAUUAUCUCGAAUUGGUAAUUUGGAUACUUUGGACAUUUCCAAUAACAGAAUUAGUGGAUCCAUUCCUUCUUCCCUUGGUGACUUGGAGCAUCUUCUAAAGCUUAAUCUUAGUAGAAACCAACUAAUAGGAUUUAUUCCAGCAGAGUUUGGAAACCUGAGAAGUGUUAUGGAGAUUGAUCUUUCAGAUAAUCAUCUCUCAAGAUCGAUUCCUCAGGAAUUAAGUCAACUUCAAAACUUGUUUUUGUUCACUACAGCCAACACCCCUUUAAUGCACUUGAGACUGGAAAAAAAUAAUCUCUCAGGUGAUGUGAUGUCUCUAAUCAACUGCCUCAGUCUAAGUGUCUUAAAUGUAUCUUAUAACAACCUAGCUGGUGUUAUUCCUACAAGCAACAACUUUUCAAGGUUUACACCUGACAGUUUCAUUGGAAAUCCUGGUCUUUGUGGCUAUUGGCUCAGCUCUCUGUGCCACGAUUCCCAUCCAGCAGAGCGAGCCACAAUUUCUAAAGCAGCAAUACUGGGGAUUGCUCUUGGUGCCCUUGUAAUUCUUCUCAUGAUCUUAGUAGCAGCAUGUCGGCCUCAUAAUCCAGUACCCUUCCCAGAUGGAUCACUUGACAAACCAGGCAUUUUCUCUCUCUCUUAUCAUAUUAAUUACUCAACACCAAAGUUGGUGAUCCUUAACAUGAAUAUGGCGCUCCAUGUGUAUGAGGAUAUUAUGAGGAUGACUGAGAAUUUGAGCGAGAAGUAUAUAAUUGGUCAUGGUGCGUCAAGCACAGUUUACAAAUGCGUCCUGAAGAAUUGCAGGCCAGUGGCUAUUAAGAGGCUCUAUUCUCAUUAUCCCCAGUGCUUGAAGGAAUUUGAGACCGAGUUGGAGACAGUAGGGAGCAUCAAGCAUCGGAAUCUGGUCAGCCUUCAAGGAUACUCCCUGUCACCUUCUGGGAACCUUCUUUUCUAUGAUUAUAUGGAAAAUGGCAGUCUCUGGGAUUUUCUUCAUGGCCCUACGAGGAAGAAAAAGCUUGACUGGGAUACACGCCUCCAGAUACUGUCCAAGACAGCUAACAAUGCGGUCAUGGAAACUGUUGAUCCUGAGAUCACCGCCACAUGCAAAGAUCUUGGAGCAGUAAAGAAGGUUUUUCAACUUGCCCUACUAUGCACCAAGAGACAGCCAACAGACCGGCCGACUAUGCAUGAAGUGACUCGUGUCCUGGGGAGCCUUGUGCCACCCAUCACACCACCGAAACAAUGCACCCCAGCUCCACCUGCCCCACUCCCAUCUGCUAAAAUCCCUUGCUACAUGGAUGAGUACGCAAAUAUCAAGACUCCACACAUUUUGAAUUGUCCCUCCAUGAGCACUUCAGAUGCCCAACUCUUCCUAAAGUUUGUGGAUGAUCAGCUAGUGGAAAUUGUGUACAAAUGUUUGGAAUCCAAUUAUUGUAGUUUUGUCAUAGUCUCAGCAGGACCACUGGGAGCCUGGUGUGUGGGGUUACAGCCUCAGGCUCUGGCAUCUGGGAAGAUGGGGUGGCAGUGCAUUAUAUGCGUGAUCAGUAAUAAUUCACUAGCGAGCCUUAACUGUGCUGUUUCGUACGCCUGUUUGGAUGUUGAUGUUUCACAGUAA